AGAACAGCAACAAAUAACCCACGAACUGUGAAGUGCUUGGCUUUAACACCAAGCAUUCCUAGAUGGCAUAAUCCAUCAUUAUUGGGACAAUGUCAUUUCGCAAGAUACGUCCCUCGUUUGGAGACAGCAGCGUGUCCACGAGCAAUCCGAGUCAGUCCACAUCCGAGAGUACGGGAUCUGAUCCACGCCGGGUCCGCGGAGAGAUAGAACCUGUCGAGAGCAGUAAUUCCUCUCUAUCAUCCAAACGUCGAAGAGUCCCCGAAUCCGUAACACGCAAUGCGUGUCUUAAUUGCAAGAAGGCUCGAGCAAAGUGUGAUGGGAAGAAGCCAUGCAAGAGAUGUGCGACCCGAGUAGAAACAUCGGAAUGCAUCUACGAGAUCCAUAUCAAGCAUGCGAAGGAGGAGCUGGUUAAGCAGAUCAAGGACCUCAGGGCCAAGGACCAUAUGACCGAACAGAUCCUACAUGCACUCUCCACCGAUGAGCAAGUUCCCGAAAUUCUCGAGCGCCUCAAGAAUGGCGAGACCUACGAGAGCAUUGUCGAAUGGCUGGGUCGAGCUCCAAUGGACGACUUCGAGACGCUUUCGCCCAGGCUAUCUCAACAUUCUACAUUUGAACCAUCGGAUCACGAAAUGGCGGGCGUCUCCGCCACGAACCUCAAGUGGACGGCUGUGACGUCCAAUACCGCAGUUUUAGAUCACCUAUUCCAGCUCUAUUUCGCAUGGAUCCACCCAGUGCAUACCUUAUUCAGCGAGGGCCAUUUCGUGGACAGUUAUAAACGGCAGUCGGAGGAGUAUUGCUCGUCCAACCUCGUUAACGCGAUUUGUGCUAUGGCUUGCUAUCUACACUCCACGGCAGAGGGAGACGACUUUGAUUUUGACCAGUUCGGCACCGAGUUUAGCGAUGCUGUUCGCUCAGACAUCGACGCGGAUGACAAGAGCAUCACAACGAUACAAGCGUUUGCCGUCAUGUUUCUCGUCGACUGUGCGCGUGGUAACGGAUUGCGUGCUUCGUCUUACCUGCGAGUGGCCACCAGCAGCUUGUCAACAGUCGAUUACCACCAGAAUGAAUGGUUUGCGGAAGUCUGGAAGAAUACGGUUCGCGGAGUGCGAAAUUUGAACGUGGAAUGGGCACAGAUGACCUUCCAAGUACCUCCUACGAUCAGCGCGGCCGUUUAUUAUGAUGUCGAAGAGAACGACGAAGAGAUCGAUGCCGCCAAAUGGUACUUCUAUCGUUAUGUCAAUGAUCAAUGCCCUGCUUGGCCGGGUUUGCUGGCCACUACAAAUCGAGAGAAGUCGAAAUUGACCGCCAUCAUCCAAGACGUGGUGACGUUGAUGUAUGCUCAUUGCGGUCCCCAAGUCUCUGCCCAUCGUCUUCUGCAGCAAUAUGGCAGGUUGGUAGCUUGGCGCGAGGAACUUCCGAGCGCCAUUGGUAAUAUUGAGAACAACAAUAGCCAGGCACUCCCUCAUGUUCUCUCUUUGCUAAUCCUAUAUUCAAACACAGUAGUACACCUACUCCGCCCUCUGCUCGACCUCGAAGGUUUCCCGUCUCCACUGGUUGAGGAAAUAAUCUGGAACCAUGCGCAACAGGGCCUGUUCCUGCUAGACGAACACUAUCGAACUCAGUACACUUGUCGGUACCAACCCGUCCUGCAGAUGUUUUCUCUUCUGCACCUCUCCGAUCUCGUGGCCAGAUUCUUCCCUGGAGGCGUUGAAGGGGGUAGUAAAGAUGGCCCGGAUGCUAUACAAUUUGGGAUCGAAGCUCUGAUUCAGUCUCGGGCCGGGUUUCCAGUGGCCGGACCUCUUCAAGAGAUGCUCCGCAGAACCGCACAAGAAUGUUCCAUUCGUUUUCCCUUGAAUGAAUUUAUGGCCAUCCCGAUACCGCCAAAGGGAGUCUAUCGGAUUGACGAUUUGAUCGACGCCUGCACCAGAACCUCGUAUAUCCAACCGAUCAAUGAGAUCCACUUGAGGUAUCUCCCGUCCAUACCUGCUGACUGGAUUUCUGAAGGGGCUGCACUUGGGUUCCUUGUGCCUGCUUCUGGGGUUAGCAGGUUGAGAAUCCCAUCGGCCGAGGAGAGAGGUGCUCAGAGUCUUAUGCAGAUCCGCAACCUGCUCAACACAAACUGAGGUAUUUUUGGGGGAUCUUUUUUUGGAUCCCGGUUCGUCUGUGCUCUUUCCAUCGAGUUUCAUUCGGAGGCAGUGGAGGCAGUGAGGCUGGGAGAAUGUCCUUCUGGCGGUGGAGAGCUUGUGCCGAACUCCAUUAUGGAGUUAGCACUUGCAAUAUACUUAAAGGGAAAAACUGGCGGAAUGGAUACGCCGUCUCAUUCCGUGGAACCAUUUGCCGUCCUCUCAU